UUCAGCCAAGGCGCGUGUUGGCGGCAUUUGUUCUUUGGUUUUUUCCUUUCUUUUCCCUGGAAGGAAAAAGGCGGAGGCUAUGGAGCGCGGGGCAGCCGGGAGAGGCGCAAAGAAGACCACAGCUGCUCAGCCAGUGAAAAAGGAUGCAGCGGCGGCGGCAGCAGCAGCUUCGGCCCCCAAGCGGCGAGGAGGUAGGCAGGGCGACGGGGAAACCACAGCGCGCCCCACCACGGCGCCCCGCUCCGCCAAAAGCAAAGCCACCCCCAAGAAGGAAGGAAAGGGGUCUGCCCAGGCGGGGAAAGACGUUGUCCCAGGAGGGAGAAAAAAUUCCCAGAAGAAACAAGUGGGCAUCCCCAAAACCGCGGGAGCUGAGCAGGCAAAAGUAAAAGUGGAGUCCGAAGAGAAACCAAUAGUUUCCCAGACGAAGCGGGGAUGUGCUCCCAAAGAAAACGGGCCAACCCAGGUGAUGGCAGAAGUUGACGCCAGAAGAAAACCCGCUUCCCAGAAGACGAAGCCACUUCCCAGAGAGGAGAAAGGAACGACCUGUACAGGGGGAAAAGCUUCCCAGAAGACUAGGGAGGGCGCCCCCAAAGGGGAGGAACGUGAGCAGGCAGAGAAGAGAAAUGGGCCCAAGGAGAAGAAGCCAGGUUCUCGGGCGAAGCAGGAGUGUGCCCUCAGGGCAAUGGAGUCUGACCAGAGGGGAGCAGCUGCCGCCGCCCCUCUUCCUCCUCCUCCCCCCCAACCUGUUUUCGAUGAAGCCGUCUUAAAAGACGUGCUGCGAAAAAUCAAAUUAAAGAAAGAGAAACUGAUAACUGCCUCACAACGUGUUAACAAGAUCAGGGACAUCCUAGUAACGGCAAUAAAAAAGGAACCUUGUUUCAGCUCUAUUGAAGUAAUGGGUACUGGCAGUUACUAUGAGCAUGUCAAGGUGUGUAACCCAAAUGAGUUUGAUAUUAUGCUUAAAGUGCCAAAUCUAAGAAUUGAGCUGGAACCCUGUGAUGCUGGUGCUGCUUCUGGUGCUUUUUAUUAUGUAAAGUUGAAAAGGAAUCCUGGAAGAGGGGCUCUGGACAAAUUUUUAGAUGAUAAAAGACAACUUUCAUCUUCUACUAUGCUUUCAGAACUAAGGCACAUUAUUAUGCAAGAAAUAGGGGAAAUGAAAGAUGUGACUGUAGAGAGAAAGAGGCCUGGAAGCCCAGCAGUAACCUUUAGAAUUGAAAACCCUCCCUCAGAUAUAUCAGUAGAUAUCACUCUAGCUUUGGAAUGUCGGCAACGGAAUUGGUGUGAUAGUACGAACAAUGGCCUGGAUAUUAAAGGAUGGCUAGGAGCGAAAGUGAAGCAAGCCUACCUCAAUGAACCACUCUAUCUAGUGCCCAAGCAUGUAAAAGAUGGAAAGUGCUAUAAAGAGAAUACUUGGCGACUUUCAUUCUCAAACAUUGAGAAGAGUAUGAUUACUAAUCAUGGCAACACGAAGACAUGCUGUGAAACCAACAGUCAAAAAUGCUGUAGGAAAGACUGUCUGAAGCUUCUGAAGUAUCUGUUGGAACAGCUUAAAACAAGACAUGAAAACAGAAGUCAUUUUGAAAAAUUCAAUUCUUAUCAUGCCAAAACUUCCUUUUUUCAUGCAUGUACCAAAUGGCCCAAGGAUGACGAAUGGCCUGCAGCAAAACUUGUUGAAUGCUUUGUGAGACUAUUGGAUUAUUUUCUCGAUUGUCUUAAAAAGGCUGAGCUUCAACACUUUUUUAUACCCAAGUUCAACUUUUUCUGUGAGGAGAUCAUUGAAAAGGCAAAGUGUAAAAAAUUAGCAGAAGCAAUUGAAAGCGAGAAACAAAAUAGUUUCCCAGUAUUUUCUCUGUAAAUUUAAAAAUUGGGAAUAUAUGAACUCAUAAAGAGCCCAAAUGAAUUUGGAAAUUAUUCCUUUUGCAUAUGGGUACUUAUUAUUCAGUGGGUUGACCAAAGCGUAGGGAGAGAAA